GCCAUCUUGUAAAGACACCCCUCCACAACAUGAGGGCCAAGGUAUGAGUGUUGACGAGGACAAGGCUGGAGAUCACUCUGUCAUGCUGAUUGAGUUCGACUAAGACUGGACGCUUCAAAAGGAGGGUGGUGUUUGGAAUCAUUGUUCUUCCUCUGUCAACCAUGGUUACCUGCAAGGAAACACGUGCUGUCAUCAUUGCUUUGCACAAAAAGGGCUUCACAGGCAAGGAUAUUGCUGCCAGGAAGAUUGCACCUGAGUCAACCAUUUAUCGGAUCAUCAAGAACUUCAAGGAGAGCGGUUCAAUUGUUGUGAAGAAGGCUUCAGGGCGCCCAAGAAAGUCCAGCAAGCGCCAGGACCGUCUCCUGAAGUUGAUUCAGCUGCAGGAUCGGGGAACCACCAGUACAGCGCUUGCUCAGGAAUGGCGACAGGCAGGUGUGAGUGCAUCUGCACGCACAGUGAGGCGAAGACUUUUGGAGGAUGGCCUGGUGUCAAGAAGGGCAGCAAAGAAGCCACUUCUCUCCAGGAAAAACAUCAGGGACAGACUGAUAUUCUGCAAAAGGUACAGGGAUUGGACUGCCGAGGACUGGGGUAAAGUAAUUUUCUCUGAUGAAUCCCCUUUCCAAUUGUUUGGGGCAUCUGGAAAAAAGCUUGUCCGGGGAAGAGGUGAGCGCUACCAUCAGUCCUUUGUCAUGCCAACAGUGAAGCAUCCUGAGACCAUUCAUGUGUGGGGUUGCUUCUCAGCCAAGGGAGUGGGCUCACUCACAAUUUUGUCUAGGAACACAGCAAUGAAUAAAGAAUGGUACCAACACAUCCUCCGAGAGCAACUUCUCCCAACCAUCCAGGAACAGUUUGGUGACGACCAAUGCCUUUUCCAGCAUGAUGGUGCACCUUGCCAUAAGGCAAAAGUGAUAACUAAGUGGCUCGGGGAACAAAACAUCGCUAUUUUGGGUCCAUGGCCAGGAAACUCCCCAGACCUUAAUCCCAUUGAGAACUUGUGGUCAACCCUCAAGAGGCGGGUGGACAAACAAAAACCCACAAAUUCUGACAAACUCCAAGCAUUGAUUAUGCAAGAAUGGGCUGCCAUCAGUCAGGAUGUGGCCCAGAAGUUAAUUGACAGCAUGCCAGGGCGGAUUGCAGAGAUCUUGAAAAAGGAGGGUCAAUACUGCAAAUUUUGACUCUUUGCAUCAACGUCAUUGGAGAAAGAAGCGUAUGCGCAGGCUGAAGCGCAAGAGGCGAAAGAUGAGGCAGAGGUCAAAAUAGACUGCCCCUUUACAAAACCAUGUCUGUGACCUUUCUCAUGGACACAACAUGGGACCAAGGAUCUCCCAAGUCUGAAACAAGACACAGGCCAAUGAGAGGCUACGAAGAGAUGGUGCUACUGUUGGUCAACCACCUGCCUGGGAGAUUUGAUAUGGGGACAUUCUUUACUCUUUUACAAAGCCAUCCCUACUCCAUUGCUUUUGUUUAUAUUUUCACAAAGUUUUUAGUUUAAAAUUAAAUUGACUCAAUAUUGAUUUGAAAUCUGAAACUGGGUUUAAAAAUGUUAAGAGGCCAUUAUUUCUCAUUAUGCCCAAUCAAGUUCAGUUGCAAAGAUUUGUAACGCUAACCUAGCUGAGGGGUAUCCUACGAAGCAGGUUCGAGUCAACUUUGAACUCGGGAUAACCAGUCAUACUGAAGUGGCUCACCUUUUUAGCUUGGUCAGUUUAAGGCAAUGAAUUCUUAAACUAACCUGCUCCCGAUCUCACUAAUUCCCAGAAUGAUUGAACUGUGAGUGGAGGCCUAAUCUGAUAACCCUCUUGCGAAGACUCAUAAUUUGAGGAAGACUGAUUAAAUGUUUUAUGACAUGACAGAAUGCAUGUGAAACUUAAUGCAAUGCAACACUGACUUACAAAUAAAUAUGGGGGGAUGCUUGUGCAUAAUGGUACGUUUUGGCUGCUUUGAUAGGCAUGAAUGUAUUCAAACGUUUAGCUAAUGUCAACUAGCUACUGUAGGCUAAUUCACCACUAGCUAACAAACUACAUACUAUAGCUAAGUGACAUGAGCUUGCAUAAUUUAAGGCUGAGGCUGUUUGGAUGUACUGACAAAUUCUCUAAAAUGAGGUGGCUUACGGUACAGAAAAAAACAUUCUCUGAUGUCUCUCCUGAGAUAUGAAGAGCUGUGAAAGCUGUCUGCAGAUGAGGUCACGGUGAAUGUCCCAAGUGACUGCUGGCACAUCCUUGUAUGUGUACAUGUUAGCAAAUGUUGUAUACGACAAUACAGUUAAACGUCACACAAAUUAUAGGUUACAAAGGUAUUACAACUGUAGCAGGCCAAUCCUUCUGCUGGGUGUGCAGGCUUCUGUUCCAGCCCAGCACUAACACACCUGAUUCAACUUAUCAAACCUAAUGAGGUGAUAAUGUGUAUUAUUGCUGGGCUGGAAUAGAAGUCUGCUCACCCAGUAGAUCAGGGAGUGGAGCAAGUUUGCCCACCUUUGGUAUGGAUAUUCUUGUUCACCCCAAAUGAUGCUUUAGUAAUAACAGCUGACUUACUAAGAUGUCUAAUAUUUACAAAUAAGUUUGAUUAUUGGUACAUUUUGAAAUGAUAUGUUGAUUCCUUCAAUGUUGAUUCAUUGAAGUGUUUAAACUUGUUUUAUUUGAUAACUUCAAAAACAUUAUUCAAGAUGAACCAGUGUCAAGAUUCAUUUUUAUCACAGAUCACAAUUCUGCAACAUAAAGGUGUGAAGGAGA